CGUCUGGAUAAGGGAUUGACUGUGUCAGCCUUGGACAUUACAAAAAGACCCAAGGUCAUUUUGUUUGACCACUGCAGCUUUGAAGAGCUUUUGGGAAUCUGUGCAGGGGUUUAAGUUGUACAAUGUUGCUUUGAGAUUUUGUGGGAGUUAUUUGGAAAAAAGGUUUUGGAUGAGGUUCUCAUUUGUCCGUCAACUAAGGAAUUGCUGCAGACUUGCACAAGGGCUGUGAAUCUGGAUGUUAGACUGAACAUUUAUUUCACCCUUGAGACUUAUUACAACCUUUUGUGGUUUUUGUGAAGUGAAGGUUGUACCUGUGUAAAGUUGGUGCACUAAUGUGAAAGUCCAGUGGCUUGGGAUUAUAAGGGGCAUAAUGAGUUGCUUCUCCCCAAGAAAUGCAUGAAAAAAUGUACAGUACUCUGCUGUAGUGUAAUGACUGCACAGAAACACGGACCAAGUUACUCACAGUUACAGCAUGUAACGAACAGUAAAUCCCUGGGCUCUCAUGAUUUGAUAAAUUGGUCAAAAUUUUGGAGACAUGUCAAACGAAAUAAUUUGUAAUGCAGCAACUUUGAAUUUUAGCAGAUAUUAGCUUCAAGUCUAACAAUAUGGAUUUUAAUGUGGUGUUACUCAUGUGAAAGCAGUUGUUUACUUAUGGGGUAUUGGAAAGUUUUAGAUGAAUAGUAAGUAAUGCUUUAAACUGGCAUUUACUCUAAGUUAACGCAUGUGUCAAGAUGGGUACAAUCCCCCUUCAGAAGGAGUGCCUGGUAUUUGUUCUAUGACAACUGACUGUGGAGUUAAAUUGCAUUUUCUUUUUUAGGUGUGACCUUGACAAGCAAAUGUUUUCUCAGCAGAUCUCCAUGUUGUGCCAAACACAACUAUGCGUUGGGGAUUUUUUUGGGGUACAGGUCUACAAAAUGAAGCAACUUCUUACGCACUGUCCUUGUCUCUAGAGGUUUGGUCACUGAUGCCCAUUCGUUGAACAGAAACGUGAUCUGAAAAGAAAGCGUGGCUGUGGUCGACGCUGAAUCAAAAUUCUGAUAUUGUGCCUUCCAGGAACAGGUCCACUUUAUGAACAUGUUUGUAGCCAGAGAAGUUUCUGUGCCCUAAGAGCUUGUCGUCAUUAACUUUAUGGUCAUUAAUAUUAUGGUUAGUUUUCCAGCUCUGGGUUUCCUCUCAUUUGACAAAGUAUGCGCAGGUUUGCAAUGAAAUGGGCUGAGGCAUUGAAUGGGUUUUUGACGACUUGAAAUUCUUUGGUUAAUUAUCUUCAUACAGAAGGUGGUGUGCACGGCAUUAUAUCCAAAUAGGAAGGCGGGUGGCCAUUUCAAUAGUUGUUGUCCUCAGUCUAUUGCUUUUGGUGCUUCGGGAGAAUUCCAACAAGGACAGGCUAAGAAGUCUUUAUUUAUUCCAAAAAGACCAGAGCUUGCUUUUUGUAGACCUGUACCAUAUUGUGCUGCUGCUGCGGUGCUGGGGGAAGGCUCAGGACUGGCAGUUCGAGCUCACUGUCACCGGCCGCCCUACUUGUGUUUCUCCUCUAAACCCCCAUUGUUCUCUCGGCUUCUCUCCCCUUGGUGUGUGUCGUCUCUGGAAUCUGAUUUGUAGUGGGUGAGGUAACGUACGUGGAACACUUAAUGGACGCAGAAGGCAAAUCGAGGGUAAGUGCAAAUACAUACAAAAUAAAAAUAUGAAUAAUCCUAGACAAACCUGUGUUUGUCAGCUUUGGUUUCUUUAUUUUCAUUGUUGGGAAUUGUUCAGAUUCAGAAACCUGGUGGAGUGUGUGAGAUGGCGACAUGCCGGAGGCGUGUUUUAUUUGGUGUCGUCUGUGGCACUGUCUUGAGGCCAUCUGGAGGGUUGAUGCUCUUAUAACAGGUCUUCAGCUUUCUUCGUAGCCAAUCCUGUGGGAUUGCAGUAGCUGACAAUGUCCCUUUUGGUUGCUGGAUUUGCUCCUUAUAAACUAAAGGGAUCUAGUCUGCAGAAGGUUGUUACAAGGCUGUUAGAUGGUUGUUAAAUAUAACUCACUCUGUAGAACUGUUCUACUGGAAAAGUCACCUCCAAUAUCUUAGUAGUUGGAAUCCUAUCUCACUGUGGAUUUUCUGCUCUUUGGAUGUUGGAAAAAUAUUCUUUAUAUUCACCAGACUUGCCUGCAUUGUGUUAGUGACUGUGGGAAAAAACGUGAAACCUUAGUAAUGUAAUUUUAUUUGGAAGCACAAAGCUGUGGCUAAGGCUGUAGGCUUGUGUGGUGUUGAACUUCUGAUUGUGCAUGAAAUUCUGUUUUUGCUUAAUUUUAGUGUCAAUCAAAACAUCUAUUAUAAUUAUUGCUUUUUACUAAUUUGACUUGUUCUUUACUCCUUUUCGUGUGGUCUGCUCUGAUUUCUUCAAUCAACAAAGGGUUGUGCUGUUGUUGAGUUUAGGACUGAAGAGCUAAUGAAGAAAGCAGUGGAGAAGGUCAACAAGCACAACCUCAAUGGGCGACCCCUAAAAGUGAAGGAGGACCCCGAUGGUGUGAUUGCUCAGAGGGAGAUCAAUAAAGCUCAAGGUGGAGGCCCUCCAGGAGGUCAUGGCGGAAUGGGAGGGAUGGGAGGAAUGGGUGGCAUGGAUCGCAUGAACAUGGAUCGAAUGGGCCCUGGACCAAAUGGCCCUAUGGUCAGCAUUCCUCCCAGCCUGAUGAACAACCCCAACAUUCCCAACGAGAUCAUCCAUGGUCUCCAGGCUGGCAGGAUUGGCAGCACUGUCUUUGUGGCUAAUCUUGACUACAAAGUGGGUUGGAAGAAGCUGAAAGAGGUGUUCAGUAUGGCUGGCAUGGUGGUGAGGGCUGACAUUCUGGAGGACAAGGAUGGGAAAAGCAGAGGCAUGGGCACAGUGACGUUUGAUAUGCCCAUUGAAGCAGUCCAAGCUGUCUCUAUGUUCAAUGGGCAGCUGUUGUUCAACAGAGUCAUGCAUGUCAAACUGGAUGAGAAAUCCCUGCCCAAAGAUUUUGGACCACCAGACAGAGCUGCUGCUCUUCCCCGUGGUCUGAGUGGUGUUGGUCUGGGUCUGGGACCUGGUGGUCAGCCCAUUGAUGCUGCCCAACUCAACAGAGGAGGCGGUGGAGGUGGAGGAAUGGGCAACAUGGGCCCUGGAGGAAUGGACGGAAUGGGCUUUGGCAACAUGGGAGGUCGUAUGGGUGGAGGAGGAGGAGGAGGAGGAGGAAUGGACAACUUUGGAGGAAUGAACAACAUGGAUCGUUUUGGGUCUUCAGGGAUGGGCAGAAUGAAUGAGAUGGACCGUGGGAUUGGUGGUGCUUUUGACAGGGAGUUUGGGCGAAAUGAAAUGGGAAUGUCUCGCAAUAAUUUUGGGGACUCCUUUGAAAGAGGAAUGGGAAACUCCCUGGGUAUGGACCGCAUGAACUCUGGAAUGGACCGGCUGGGAGGCAGCAUGGACCGCAUGGCAGGAAUGGACCGAAUGGGCAUGGACAGGAUGGACCGCGUGUCUGACCUGGACAGGCUGGGUUCUGGGUUCGACCGGAUGGGCUCAGGGAUGGACCGACUGGGGCCCAGUAUGGACAGACUAGGACCUGGCCUGGACCGUAUGAGCUCCAGCAUGGACCGCCUCGGCCCAGCUGGGUUUGAUCGCUUAGGCCCGUCUGGUUUGGAUCGCAUGGGUUCCAGCCUGGAUUUCGGCUCCCCAAUGAGUAUGGAUCGCAUGGGCAACACCGGGCUUGACAGAAUGGCCAGCAGCUUCGACCGCAUGGGCUCUGCCGGAGGUAUCGACCGCUUCCCUUCAGGUGGCCUUGAUCGCAUGAGCUCUGGCAUGGACCGGAUGGGAUCUGGAGGUGUUGGCGGCCAGUUUGAUCGCUCCUCUGACAUGGAUCGUGGAUUUGGUGGUAAUUCCUUUGGAGGGGCCGGAGCUGGAGGGCCUGGAACUGGGGGAGGCAACGUGAGGAAAGGUUGCCAGAUCUUCGUCAGAAAUCUGCCAUUUGACUUCACCUGGAAGAUGCUGAAGGACACCUUCAAUACAUGUGGCAUGGUCCAGUAUGCUGAUAUUAAGAUGGAGAAUGGCAAGUCCAAGGGCUGUGGUGUGGUCCGUUUCGACAACCCUGAAACUGCUGAGCGCGCCUGCAGGACGAUGAAUGGCUACCGGCUGAACGGAAGAGAGAUUGACGUUAGGAUUGAUAGGAAUGCAUAAUUUGUCUGUGUUAACAUCUGACGUUUUAUUUAGUCCAAGUCCAGAAGCUCUGUAUCAUCUAAAUUUGCCCUUCAGCUCAUUUAUACACUUGUUUUGUUCAGAUAUUCGUAACAGUACAAAUGUUAUUUUAGUUAGAAAUUUGUAACAGUGAAUGUGUUGUUUUAGUUCUUGCUUAAAUUUUACCACCUUUUUCUUUUUUUUUUUUUUCUUUUUUUUUUAGAGACCAAAUUUUUAAUUUUUUUUUCUUCAUGCUUCACCUGUCAUAGCCUUUGUUCUAUAAGGUGUUUUGAUAAAUAAACCUCAAUAUUUGAA